CGCCAUGUCGCUCCUACGGAGGCGGAAGCAGCCGCAGCCCCCUCCACCUCCCUCGCCGGGCGACGACAGCAAUGGCUCCGACCACGACGACAAGAAGCCGCAGGCGCCCUCCACCUCCGCCGCCCCCUCCGCGCCGCCGCCGCCGAAGCGGGCCAAGCCCAAGCCGUGGUCGUGCGUCGACAGCUGCUGCUGGCUCGUCGGCUGCGUCUGCUCCGCCUGGUGGCUGCUGCUCUUCCUCUACAACGCCAUGCCGGCCUCCUUCCCGCAGUACGUCACCGAGGCCAUCACCGGCCCGCUCCCGGACCCGCCCGGGGUCAAGCUGCACAAGGAGGGGCUGCGCGCCAGGCACCCCGUCGUCUUCGUGCCGGGGAUCGUCACCGGGGGGCUAGAGCUGUGGGAGGGGCACCAGUGCGCCGAGGGGCUCUUCCGGAAGCGCCUAUGGGGCGGCACAUUCGGCGACGUAUACAAGAGGCCUUUAUGCUGGGUUGAGCAUAUGUCGUUGGACAAUGAAACUGGAUUAGAUAAACCAGGAAUCAGGGUUAGGCCUGUCACGGGCCUCGUUGCAGCAGAUUAUUUUGUCCCUGGAUAUUUUGUCUGGGCAGUCUUGAUUGCCAAUUUAGCUCGUAUUGGAUAUGAAGAAAAGAACAUGUACAUGGCUGCGUAUGAUUGGAGGUUAUCAUUCCAGAACACUGAGGUCCGUGAUCAAACAUUGAGCAGAAUAAAGAGCAACAUUGAACUCUUGGUAGCGACUAAUGGUGGAAAUAGGGUGGUGGUGAUCCCACAUUCCAUGGGAGUUCUCUAUUUUCUUCAUUUUAUGAAGUGGGUAGAAGCACCUUCUCCCAUGGGUGGUGGUGGGGGUCCCAAUUGGUGUGCGAAGCACAUCAAAGCUGUAACAAAUAUUGGUGGACCUUUCUUAGGAGUUCCGAAGGCUGUUGCUGGGCUUUUUUCGUCUGAAGCCAAAGAUGUUGCUGUUGCUAGAGCUAUUGCACCAGAAGUGUUGGACUCUGAUUUUCUUGGACUUCAGACCUUGCGGCACUUGAUGCGUAUGACCCGUACAUGGGAUUCAACAAUGUCAAUGAUCCCUAAAGGUGGUGAAACUAUUUGGGGAGGUUUCGAUUGGUCUCCAGAAGAUGGCUUUGAGUGUAAAUCUAAAAAGAAAAAAGUCAACGAUUCUGAGGCUUCUAAGGAUGUUAAUGGGGAACCUGUCGAAGUUCAUCAGGAGCCUGUAAACUAUGGAAGAAUGGUAUCUUUUGGAAAAGAUGUAGCAGAAGCUCCGGUAUCAGAUAUUGAGCAGAUAGAAUUCCGGGAUGCUGUCAAAGGCAGUAAUCUUGCCCAUUCAAAUACAUCAUGCCGAGAUGUGUGGACAGAGUAUCACGAAUUGGGGUGGGGAGGAAUAAAGGCAGUUGCAGACUACAAAGUUUACACUGCCAGCUCUAUCAUAGAUCUUUUUCACUUUGUUGCUCCAAGGAUGAUGCAGCGUGGUAGUGUUCAUUUCUCUUAUGGAAUUGCUGAUGACUUGGAUGAUCCAAAAUACAAUCACUACAAGUAUUGGUCAAACCCCUUGGAGACAAAGCUACCAAAUGCGCCUGAAAUGGAAAUAUUUUCAAUGUAUGGAGUAGGCAUUCCCACGGAAAGAGCAUAUGUCUACAAGUUAUCCCCACAGGCGGAGUGCUAUAUACCCUUUCAGAUAGACGCCUCAGCUGAGGGUGGUGAUGAGAACAGCUGCUUGAAAGGUGGUGUUCACUUGUCUGAUGGUGAUGAGACUGUCCCAGUUCUUAGUGCGGGCUAUAUGUGUGCCAAAGCAUGGCGUGGCAAAACUCGCUUCAACCCUUCUGGCAGCAAGACUUACGUGAGAGAGUAUAGUCAUUCUCCACCCUCAACUCUCCUCGAAGGCAGGGGCACACAGAGUGGUGCGCACGUUGAUAUCAUGGGAAACUUUGCUUUAAUGGAGGAUAUCAUCAGGAUUGCUGCUGGGGCAACUGGUGAGGAACUUGAUGGUGAUCAGGUGUAUUCUGAUAUUUUCAAAUGGUCAGAGAAGAUCAAGCUGAAGUUAUAACAUCUACGUGAAGUUAGUAGGAAAUGAUGCAUCUCUUAUGAGGACGCAUAUUUUAUUCUCUGAUUAAAUUCUAUUAAUUUGAUGUAAUGAUUUUCCUCUUGCCUCAUUGCAAUAUUGUGAAUUGGCCUUGUAUAUUAAAAAUGUAUAGAUGCAAGUCGUGAUACUUUUUGUAGGUUCUUUGUGAUGAUGUGAAGAAAUAUCGUGCAGAUUAUUUGCAUGUUGAUCGGUCA